GGCACACUUCGCUUUGUUUUGAGCUCUGCAGUCUUUUGUUCAAAAAUUGUUGCUGUUUUUGUUAUUCUUUCUGGUUGCGGGCGAACCCCUCAGCUUCGCACAACCCAAGCCGCUCCGCCGCCGCCAACCACCUCGACUCCCGCCUGCUACUCAAGUUUCCUCGCUCCGCUGCGGUCUUGCCAGCCCAACAAUCAGCCCCUCAUUCUCCCAUCCCACCAUCUUAUACUUCCUCCGCUCCUCGCGAUCGGUUCAUCUAUCUUCGCCUGGAGCUAUGGAAGGCGUCGAUUUCCAAUCUGUCCUUAAUAAGGGCAAGCAGAUGGCCUCCAACGUCGCAGCUACCGCCACCAACGGCAGUACCAAUAAGAAGAGGAGAAAGGGUACCGACUUGAAGCCCAUCGUCACUAGCGAUUCCGCGACGCCGGCCGAUCAAACAGGUCCGACAAGCGAUAAUGUCCCGCCGUCACGAUCUGGGUCCUCGUCCUCCGAAGAAGAAAUCGAAACUACCGCCGAGGAGGAAGAUUCAGAAGACUACUGCAAGGGUGGUUACCACCCGGUCCAGAUCGGCGAACUCUACAAUAAUGGGCGGUAUGUAGUCGUGCGCAAAUUGGGAUGGGGUCACUUUUCGACCGUCUGGCUCUCUCGCGACACAACAACGGGGAAACACGUCGCGCUCAAAGUCGUCCGAUCGGCUGCUCAUUAUACCGAAACUGCCAUCGACGAGAUCAAAUUGUUAAACCGCAUCGUCCAGGCCAAUCCCUCUCACCCAGGCCGAAAACAUGUCGUCAGUCUGUUGGAUUCUUUCGAGCACAAGGGACCCCACGGUGUUCAUGUUUGUAUGGUAUUUGAAGUCCUGGGCGAAAAUCUUUUGGGCCUCAUCAAAAAAUGGAAUCACAGGGGAAUUCCUAUGCCCCUGGUGAAGCAGAUUACCAAACAGGUGCUUUUGGGUCUAGAUUAUCUGCACCGCGAAUGCGGAAUUAUCCACACCGAUUUGAAACCGGAGAACGUUCUGAUCGAAAUCGGCGACGUGGAGCAAAUCGUCAAGACCUAUGUCAAAGAGGAAGCGAAGAAGGAGCAAAAAGAGGACAACCGCAACGGUCGGCGGAGGCGCAGGACGUUGAUCACCGGGAGUCAGCCAUUGCCUAGUCCUCUCAACACCACUUUCGAAUUCAAACACAGCUCGCAAAAUUCCCACAGCAGUCUUAGCCAGGUUAUUAAUGAGUCGCCAGGCACAUCAGAAGCCCCUUCCAUGCGACAGUUGCUUGGCAUCAAGGAUGAGGAUGAGCAACAAAAGCAACGAGAAAAAACUGCGUACGUAGAGCGGCUUUUGGAGGGAACUUCACUAACAGAUGACAGCGACCUGUUGGAACGAGAGGUUUCUGGGAUUUCGCUUGACAAGCCCUCAAGCGAUGAAGAUAUUGACUGCGGCAUUAUUUCCGUGAAGAUUGCGGAUUUGGGUAAUGCAUGCUGGGUGGGCCACCACUUUACAAAUGACAUUCAGACACGCCAAUACCGUUCGCCCGAAGUCAUUUUGGGAUCCAAAUGGGGUGCUAGCACCGACAUCUGGAGCAUGGCUUGCAUGGUUUUUGAACUAAUCACCGGUGACUACCUGUUUGAUCCUCAAUCAGGUACUCGGUACGGCAAAGAUGACGAUCACAUAGCCCAAGUUAUUGAGUUGCUCGGGCCAUUCCCUAAAUCUUUAUGUCUCUCGGGUCGGUGGUCACAAGAGAUAUUCAAUCGCAAAGGCGAGCUGCGCAAUAUUCACCGACUCCGCCACUGGUCGUUACCUGAUGUACUACGGGAGAAGUAUCACUUCUCAGUGGCACAAGCCAAGGCCAUUAGCGAUUUCCUCCUGCCGAUGCUAGAAGUGCUACCGGAACGACGGGCCAAUGCCGGCGGAAUGGCAUCUCAUGAAUGGAUGAAGGAUACGCGAGGAAUGCAGGAGGUCGACUUGGGCUUGACGCCCGGCAGUCGAGGCGAGGGUAUCGAGGGAUGGGCGACGGAGGUGAAGCGAAGAUAGGCGCUACGUCCAGAUUGACUCCGAUAUAACGACACUAUAUGUCUCGAGCGACGAUUUUCCUUCAUUUUGUGAUGAUUUCCUUGCGCAUUUUACCACAUCUUGGGCCGACGGCGAGUUGGUGCUUGUCUAUGAUCGCUCCGUACAUUUUAUAACAUCCUCUAUCCCCCUCCCCCACUCUGCUCAUUCCUUGCCCAUAGAAUCUGCUUUCCCUUUUCCUCUCCUCCCUAUUUCGCCUGUCUAGACGCCCUACCGGGUAGCGAUGUCGGAGAAGGAUAUAUUACGAUGGUUCAUCUAUUCUCCGCGAUUUUCACAUUUACGGUUCGGAAUAACUGCUGGUAUGAUAGCUGUUCUAUGUACGGGAUUUGAAAUUUCUGAAGAUAGGGCAGCAAUCAAUGAUCUCUCUGA